AUGAAGUUUAUACUCGAAAAUACUCAGAGCUGCUUGUAUAUGAUUUUUCUAUUAAAAAUCGUUGUUGAUCACGAAGCUUCGUCACAUAUGGAAUUAUAAAUAUGUAUACCUAAUUAAUAAUCAUUAGUCUUUUUUAUAAGAAAAAUCAUUAAUCUAUCUAAAGUUAAAACAUGUCUUGGUGAAUAAAAGAACAUAAGUUUAGUAACAUAAAAAACCAUAUAAGUCUACAAACAGCUAGCUAAAAGCACUCACAACAACACACACCUCCUAUUCUAUUUGCACAUCAACUUUCUUCUUACACAACUCGGACAAUGAAAAACUCCUCCGCCGUCACAUCACCACUGUCUCUCUCCCUCUUCCUCCUCUUCCUCCUACCGUUUCUAGCUCAAUCCUCCGAUGAUCUGAUCGACACGAUCUGCAAAGCGACACCAUUCUUUGACCUCUGUGAAGCUUCUCUCCGCCCUCUCUCUCCCUCACCUCCCGAUACCAAGUCUAUAGCUUCCGCAAUGGCCAACGUUGUGCUCGGAAACAUGACCGAUACCUUAGGAUAUAUUCAAUCACUCAUCAGACAUUCUCAAGAUCCGGCCGCGGAACGAGCGCUGGCUCAGUGCGCCGAGGUGUACCGGCCGGUGGUCCGGUUCAACAUUCCUCAGGCCAUCGAAGCAAUGGGGCGAGGGGAGUUCGGAUUCGCGAUGUAUGUCCUCGGAGACGCCCAGAAACAGUCUGAUUCUUGUCAGAAAUGGAUCAAUAGUGCCGGCGCCGACGAUGAAAGCUCGGUACCUCUUACGGCUAGAAACAAGCUGGUUAAGAAUCUUUGUGACGUGGCGAUAUCUGUGAUUAAGUCUCUAAUGAAUGGUCGUUAAGAAUCUUUGUGUCUGUUGAAAAUAAUAAUCAUAUAUAUACAUAUAUUUGUAAACA